GGAAAACGCCUGAGGAUCCCACCUGAAGAUUUACCUGAGGAAAACGCCUGAGGAUCCCACCUGAAGAUUUACCUGAGGAAAACGCCUGAGAAUCCCACCUGAAGAUUUACCUGAGGAAAACGCCUGAGAAUCCCACCUGAAGAUUUACCUGUGGAAAACGCCUGAGGAUCCCACCUGAAGAUCCCACCUGAAGAUUUACCUGAGGAAAACCUGAAGAUCCCACCUGAAGAUUUACCUGAGGAAAACGCCUGAGAAUCCCACCUGAAGAUUUACCUGAGGAAAACCUGAAGAUCCCAAACAAGGAAAAACACCUGAGGAUAAACCUGAAGAUCCAGCUAAGGAUACACCUGAGGAUCUGCCUUGAGAUACCUCUGAAGAUACCUAAAAUCCCACCUGAGUAUCCCACCCUGAGCAUAAACCUGAAGAUUCACCUAAAGAUACACCUAAUGAGAAAAGGAAAACACCUGAUGAUCCAACCUGGAAAUCUAAGGAUACACCUGAGGAUCCCAAACAAGGAAAACACAUGAGGAAACAGCUAAGGACACCUGAGGAUAAGCUGAGAAUACAUAUAUCUAAGAAAACACUCGAGGAUCCCACCUGAAGAUCCCACCGAAAGAAAACACCUGAGGAUAAACCUGAAGGUUCACCUGAGUUUACACCUAAGGAAAACAAUUAUGGAUAAACCUGAAGAUCCAGCUGAGGAUACACACCUGAGGAUAACCUGAGGAGACACCUGAACCAGGUGAAAAAAACACUGUCCUUCAGAACCUGUAGGUGAAGGGAGCACCUGAGCAGAGCUUCAGGUUCUGAGCAGCGAUGGAGAGACCAGACAUGGAGAAGACCACUAACGAUGGGGAACAGCGGCGUUGAAUAAGACCAGAGUUGGAGAAGACCACCAGCGAUUGGGAAGACCGGCGUUGAAGAAGACCGGAUUUAAAGACCACCAGCAUUGAAUAAGGCCGGCAUUGGGUAAGACCAGCGUUGGGGAAGACCACCAGAGAUGGGGAAGACUGGCGUUGGGGAAGACCACUGGCGUUGGGGAAGACUGGCGUUGGGGAAGACCACCAGAGAUGGGGAAAACUGGCAUUGGGGAAGACCACCAGAGAUGGGGAAGACUGGCAUUGGGGAAGAACACCAGCGUUGGGGAAGAACACCAGCGUUGGGGAAGACCACCAGAGAUGGGGACGACCGGUGUUGGGGAAGACCACCAGAGAUGGGGAAGACUGGCAUUGGGGAAGACCACCAGAGUUGGGGAAGACCACCAGAGUUGGGGAAGACUGGCGUUGGGGAAGACCACCAGAGUUGGGGAAGACUGGCGUUGGGGAAGACCACCAGAGAUGGGGAAAACUGGCAUUGGGGAAGACCACCAGAGAUGGGGAAGACCACCAGAGAUGGGGAAGACUGGCAUUGGGGAAGACCACCAACGUUGGGGAAGACCACCAGCGUUUGGGAAGACCACCAGAGAUGGGGACGACUGGCGUUGGGGAAGACCACCAGAGAUGGGGAAGACUGGCAUUGGGGAAGACCACCAGCAUUGGGGAAGACCACCAGAGUUGGGGAAGACUGGCAUCGGAGAAGACCACCAAUGUUGAGGAAGACAGGCAAUGGAGAAAACCAGCGUUGAAGAGCGGCAGUGGAGAAGAUCAGUUGGAUCGGCGUUGGAGAAGAUCAGUGAUUUUGGAGAAGAUCAUUGAUGGAGAAAAUCAGCAUUGUGUCGGAUAAACUAACAGCCAAACACAUGAAGAUACAGAAGCUCCUCCUCCUGCUGCUGCUGUUGAUACACUAGAACAGAUCGUGUUAAAGGGAUCUGAGCAUGAACAACAUCAGUGAGAUUCAACCCAACACCUUCCAGAACCUGCCCUUCCUCACUGAACUGAGGCUCUCUGGAAACCAGCUAAAGACCAUCAGUGGCUCCGCCCUCUACGGCCUGAAAAACCUCAAAGUCCUGAUGCUGCAGAAUAACCAGUUGGAGAAGCUGGACAGUUCUGAUGUGUGGGAUCUACCCAACCUGCUCUCCCUCCGCCUGGAUGCUAAUUUGAUAGACGAGGUUCCCGCCCAGACGUUCUCCAGGAUGCGUUCUCUACGCCACCUCUGGUUGGACGAUAACGCGCUGACGGAGGUUCCAGUGAGCGCGCUCAGUGAGCUCUCCGCCCUGCAGGCCAUGACCCUCGCCCUCAACCGCAUCACCAACAUCCCCGACCACGCCUUUAGGAACCUCUCCAACCUCGUCGUCCUGCAUCUCCACAACAACCAGAUCCGGACUCUGGGGCAGAACAGCUUCGAGGGUCUGCGCAGUCUGGAGACGCUUGAGCUGAACUUUAACACUCUGCAGGAGUUUCCCGUGGCGAUCCGAACUCUGGCCAAGCUCCAGGAGCUAGGUUUCCAUAAUAACAAUAUCAAAGCCAUUCCUGAGAGAGCGUUUGUGGGGAAUCCACUGCUGCAAACCAUUCAUUUUUAUGAGAACCCAAUCCAGUUUGUUGGAAGAUCUGCAUUCCAAUUCCUGCCAAAGUUACACACACUCUCUCUGAACGGAGCGACUGAAAUUCGGGAAUUUCCAGACCUGAAAGGAACCACCAGCCUGCAGGUUCUGACGCUGACCGGAGCGGGUCUGUCCACUCUCCCCGACGAUUUCUGCCAACAGCUGCCCAACCUCCGAGUACUGGAACUGUCACACAAUGUGAUUGAGGAGUUGCCGAGUUUUCAGUGCUGUUACUCCCUGCAGGAGAUAGGACUUCAGCACAAUCUGAUCAGACGGGUUGAUAUAAACACAUUCCAACAGCUCAGCGCACUCAGAUCACUGGAUCUGAGCUGGAACCAGAUCGAGAGCAUCCAUCCUGAUGCCUUCAGGUCCCUGCAGUCCCUCAACAAACUGGACCUGACGGAGAACCAGUUGAGUGUUUUGCCGCUGGUCGGGUUGGUCAGUCUGACGCACCUUAAACUGAGAGGAAACAGCGCUCUGUCCACUUCCUUCAGACACGAGGAUUUCCCCAACAUCAGGGUUAUCGAGAUGCCUCAUGCCUAUCAGUGCUGCGUGUUUGGAGUCUGCGGCGGCUACAGGACGUCGGGACAGUGGGAGGAACUGGUGGGCAGCGAGGAGGACGAGGUCCAGAAGAGGACGCUAGCUCUGUUCCCCGUUCAUACUGACUAUGAUCCUGAUCUGGAGGAGUUCCAGCUGGCUAUCGAAGACGCCAAACUACAGACUAGCAUCCAGUGCACCCCCGUCCCAGGUCCCUUCAAGCCCUGCGAGAACCUCUUUGAUAGCUGGGUGGUGCGCCUGGGCAUGUGGCUCAUUGCUCUGGUCUCUCUACUGGGCAACGGUCUCCUCAUCCUGACUGUCUUCGCUUCUCCGAGUUAUCUCUCACCAGUCAAGUUCAUCAUUGGUGCCAUCAGCAGCGCCAACCUGCUCACGGGCCUCUGCUCGGGCACCUUGACGGUGGUGGACGCCAUGACUUUUGGAGAGUUUGCGAUUUAUGGUGCUCGUUGGGAAACGGGGCUCGGGUGCCGAGCAACAGGAUUCGUCUCUGUUCUGGCCUCGGAGGCGUCCAUUCUCCUCCUCACGCUGGCGGCAGUGCAGUGCAGCGUUUCGGUUUCCUGUGUCCGAGCUUACGGAAAGUCUCCGUCUCACGGUAGUGUGAGGAUCGCAGCGUUCUUUUGUUUGAUUCUUUCCUUAGGAGCUGCCAGCCUACCGGCCAUUGGGGUCGGGGAGUACGGGACUACACCACUCUGCCUACCUUCGCCUUUACCGGAGGCCCAGCCUUCCACGCUGGGCUUCAUGGUGGCACUAAUCAUGAUGAAUUCCCUCUGCUUCCUGCUCAUCACCACCACCUACAUCAAGCUGUACUGGGGACUGAUGAAAGGCAACUUCGACAGCGUCUGGGACUGUGCUAUGAUCAAACACAUCGCCUGGCUUAUCUUCACCAACUGUAUCCUCUACUGUCCUGUGGCCUUCCUUACCUUCUCCUCUCUUAUGGGGCUUUUCCCAGUGAGCGAGGAAGUGGUCAAGUCUGUCCUUUUGGUACUGCUGCCCCUUCCUGCCUGCAUCAACCCCUUACUAUACCUACUGUUCAACCCGCACUUCCGUGAGGACGCAAGACUCCUCCUGAACAGAGCUCGGCUGGUCCAGGACCAAAGCCUGGAUUCGUUUGCUUCAGAAGAUACAGAGAAGAGUUCCUACGACUCCACUCAAGCCUUGGUGUCGUUAACUUCCGAAACGGACGUAAUGCUCGAAGGGCUGGAGCCAAGCAGCCGGCACUCUGUACCGGUCAUCCCGUGCCAACUGCAGACGACUUCUCCAACAGGUACAAGAAACGGAAGCAUAAAAGAAAACGCGGUCAGAAUGAUGAUGACGACGACGUCAGGAUCUUCAGAGGAGCACAAGCAACAUGACGUAAAGAGCAAAACGUUGGACGUUCAGAGACGAAGCAUCUUCUUCCCUGGGGUCUACCACUCCUCAUGCCAUGUGUAAGUUCUGUCGCAAGACCUACUACUACUCUCAGGAACCUUCUGAUUCUGAGAGAGAGACUGACAGACUCUCAACGGACGAGGUACCUACCAUUACAUAAUGGACAAUUAUUCUGCUAAGAGAUCGUGGAGACUCUCGUGGAUGGGGGGGACUAUGGCGUAGCAAUCGGCGACACGUAGCAUGGACACAAAAGAAGAACGCUGUCUAAUACUAUAAUGUGACGUGAUAUACUGGGGUCACAGGUUAAUUUAUGUAUCUAUAUGUGUAAUCGCUCGAUCUGACCGGUCAAUCUCUUGUUUCUUACAAUCAAUCAACAGUCUGUGCAAAGUCAACUAAAAAAAGAGAGAAAUAGUGCGGCACAUCAAGUCCAGAAGAAUGGAUCACUUUGCGAUACAAGCACCAAACGUACAAUUUACAGCUACAUUAUUGGAAAAGUUCAUGAUGGCAGCCAUAUUUUGAUGCAACAAAUUCAAUUCGCAUUUAAUGUACUUAAAUAUACUCAAUAUCAGGACCAGUAACUGAGCUCUAUUCUAAAGACACACUGAACCACGAGUUACAAGCCCCAAAAAAACA